AACUCUUCCUUCUCCUUGUAGAGAGCUGAGCCUCUGCCAGAAGGAAGAGGGGAGGUGAGACCCAACAGGACUUCUCUACGUGCUUUCCAGCCUGUGUGAGCUGCAGGGGCAAGAGAGACACACUUGGAGCCAGGAUUAGUAGCCUAUUUAUGAAGCAUCCUAUUUCAUGACGGAAGCUCCGUGGUCAGAGCGACGUAAAUGGCUCGACUGCCCGCUGGCAUUCGCUUCAUCAUCUCAUUCUCCCGAGAUCAGUGGUACCGAGCCUUCAUUUUUAUUUUGACAUUUUUGCUGUAUGCAAGUUUCCACUUAUCUCGAAAGCCUAUCAGCAUAGUUAAGGGUGCACUCCACAGGUACUGUGCUGCUUUGAAUGAGGGUGAGGUCGAAUUCAACAGCCAGAGCCAAAAAGCCACUGACAUCGCCCCUCACCAGCGCCCAGACAACGGGACUGACUGCGGCUGGGCCCCGUUUGAUCAGGACAACUACCAGCAGCUGCUCGGGGCCCUGGAUUACUCCUUCCUGUGCGCGUACGCCAUCGGCAUGUACCUGAGUGGCAUAAUAGGGGAGCGCCUGCCUAUUAGGUAUUACCUCACCUUCGGGAUGCUGGCCAGUGGCGCCUUUACUGCCCUGUUUGGGCUGGGGUAUUUCUACAACAUCCACAGCUUUGGAUUCUACGUGGUAACUCAGAUCAUCAAUGGACUGGUGCAGACCACUGGCUGGCCCAGCGUCGUUACUUGCCUUAGCAACUGGUUUGGAAAAGGAAGGCGAGGUUUGAUCAUGGGGGUCUGGAAUUCCCACACCUCUGUGGGCAACAUUUUGGGGUCCUUGAUUGCCGGCUACUGGGUGUCCACGUGCUGGGGCCUGUCCUUCGUCGUGCCUGGGGCCAUCGUGGCGGCCAUGGGGAUAGUGUGCUUUCUCUUUCUCAUCGAACAUCCAAGGGACAUCGCCUGCUCUCCCACCUCGACAGCGCACUCGAAGGGCUACGAGAACGGCACGCACAGACUGAGGCUGCAGAAGCACAUGGUAACGGACGAGAAGAGCAAGCCUCUGGACCCAGAGACGCAGUGCUUGCUGCUGUCGGAUGGAAAGCAUUCUGUCCAUCAGAACCACACCGUCGUCCUCCCAGCCGACGGCGGGAGCGGUGUGGCCGCCAUCAGCUUCACAGGUGCCUUGAAAAUCCCUGGUGUGAUUGAGUUCUCUCUGUGUUUGCUCUUUGCGAAGUUGGUCAGCUACACUUUCCUAUUUUGGCUUCCGCUGUACAUCACAAAUGUAGAUCACCUUGAUGCCCAGAAAGCCGGGGAGCUCUCCACCCUGUUUGAUGUGGGUGGAAUCUUCGGUGGGAUCCUGGCAGGUGUGAUCUCAGACCGACUGGGGAAAAGGGCCUCGACCUGCGGCCUGAUGCUGCUGCUCGCAGCCCCGACGCUCUAUAUAUUCUCCACCAUCAGCAAAAUGGGUCUAGAAGCCACCAUAGCCAUGCUGCUCCUCAGCGGGGCCCUGGUCAGCGGGCCAUACGCGCUGAUCACGACCGCCGUCUCUGCCGACCUGGGGACUCACAAAAGCUUGAAAGGAAACUCCCACGCCCUCGCCACCGUGACUGCCAUCAUCGACGGUACCGGCUCUGUGGGAGCAGCCCUGGGCCCCCUGCUGGCGGGGCUCAUCUCCCCGUCGGGAUGGAACAACGUGUUCUACAUGUUGAUGUUUGCGGACGCCUGUGCCUUACUGUUCCUGAUCCGCCUUAUACACAAGGAGCUGAGCUGCCCGGGGUCCGCGACGGGGGACCAAGUUCCGUUUAAGGAACACUGAGCACUCGAGUCCCAUGGAGGGAGGCUGGCCCAUCCUUCACACACUGUCCUUCAAGGAAAAGUUCCAAUAAAGGAUCCUGUGUUGAAAAGAAUCCUGUACCCUUGCCUUUUGCACACGCACCUGGAAAAGACACAAAAGCCACCUUGAGAAUUCCUGGUACUACUUUAGACGAGCCGUGCGCUCAGGACGGCAG